UAGGGUUUGAUUCGGCAGAAGAGAGGAGUGAGUGCAGAAGAAAAUGAUUUUACGUUCAACAGUUGCGCGCGUCGCAGAAAUUGGGUAUUCGACUCCUCAGUCUCCAUUGAUUCGCCGAAGCCUCCUCGUCCAGCGAACUUGCAGAAUCAAUCGUCGUUCAAUCUCAUCAUCGGAAUCAAUACUCGCCCACAAAGAUUGGUUAAGCCCAAACGAGCUCGUCAAGAUCUUCCAGACUCUGGGAAACCCUAAUUCUGCCCUCUGCGUGUUCAACCAAGCCUCCAAGCGCAAGGACUAUAAGCCCAACGAAGCGCUUUACACUGUCGUCAUCAACAAGCUUGCGCUGGCCAAGGACUUCGAUGGCAUUGAAGAUGUCAUGAGAAGAGUCAGAGUUGAGCGAAGCUGCAGGCUUUCUGAAGAUUUCUUCUAUAAUGUCAUCAAGAUUUACGGCCAUGUAGCGGGCCGUAUAAACAGAGCAAUCGAGACGCUUUUUGACAUGCCCAAGUACAAUGUUUGGCCUACGGUUAAAACCUUCAACUUCGUGCUGAAUUUGCUUGUGAAUUCGAAACAAUUUGAUAUUGUUCAUGAGGUGUAUAUGGGUGCCUCUAAGUUGGGUGUUGAGAUUGAUGCUUGUUGUUUGAAUAUUAUGAUGAAGGGGUUGUGUGGGUGUGGGGAUUUGGAUGCUGCAUUCUACGUGCUCGACGAAUUUCCUAAACAGGGUUGUAGGCCGAAUGUGAGAACAUAUUCUACCUUAAUGCGUGGCUUGUGCAAACGUGGUCGAGUUGAGGAGGCAUUUGAGUUGUUUGAGAGGAUGGAAAUCGAGGGCAUAGAACCCGAUACGAUUGCUUUUAACAUAUUGAUUUCGGGGCUUAGGAAACAAGAGAGAGUUGAAGAAGCAUUUGAUCUUUUGCAUAAGAUGAGGCUUAAGGGGUGUGACCCGAAUUUGGGUUCUUAUCAGGAGGUUUUGUACGGUUUACUUGAUGCCAAGAAGUUCCUCGAGGCAAAGGAUUUUAUGGAUCAAAUGAUCUUGGGGGGUGUAAAUCCGAGUUUUAACUCCUAUAAGUUGGCAAUUCAGGGACUCUGUAACCAGAAUCUAGUGGAAGAUGUUGAUUGGGUUCUGAAACAAAUGGUGCGGCAUGGUUUUGUACCAAAGAUGGGAAUGUGGAGAACUAUUCUUCAGUGCUUGUUCUCCAGACAUGGCAAUUGUAUCAGUUGUUCUUGUGAAGAGGUUCUGAAAAGUUAUCUUAACUAAAACAGAAGUCAUGAAGUGCACUUUUCUUGGUGAUGAACAAUGGAGCAAGCUUUGGACUCAUCGUCCUUGCCUAGAAUACGAGAUAGUGCAGAGCCAGCCAGCUCUGGAUUAUACAGUGCAUUGUGGAGCAAUGAUAGAGUUGCUCCUUUGCAACUAACCGGCAGGUUAUGGAGUCUGAGUUACGGAAACUUCUUUGCAAAAUAAUGGCGAAGCUGUGGAGAAAAAAACGACUCCCACUGACCCGAAGGGAGUUUUGGAUUUUCAUCAAGAUGAUGGCAAAGUUGAUGCCACUAAAGGAGGCUGUGGGUCGGUCUAGCUUGUGAAAAAGAACUGAAACGAUCAUUGUUAGUUUGUUAAGUUAUCAAAUCUGCCAAGCCUCUUCUAGCUUCCAGAUUUCCCCGUUUUCCAGCGCUAAAUUUGAUUUAAUUAAGUGCAGAGUCUGAAUCCACCAUGAAGAAUGCAGCAUAAGACGUGGUGCAGAAGUCACUAUUGGCUGCAAUCAAACUCCUCCGCCUGUGAAUGAGUAAUUAAUCCCUUCAAUGUUUCUCUUAUUUACUAUCGAUUCUACAUUUAGAUAGAGGAGUAAGUAUGGUUGCAUUUCGUAGUUAACAGUCACUGUAACACUCUUUGGAUCAAACAUGGUGAAGUAGACAAUAGCUGAAGGUCUAGAAUUUUUAAAAUUAAUCCCACUUAGCCGUUAUAUUUUAAUGCACUAGAAAGUCAUUGAAAAAAAUAAUCUCCUCUUAUACCCUCUAAUUUUGGGUGGGGUUGGGGGGAGACAGGGAUGGGAUUUAAUUUGGAAGAAGAAGAGAGGAGGAGGACGAUUGGGUCCUCCCCUAGGUUGCAUUGACACUACACAGACACAGGACAGGACAAAAAUCAAAA